AUGCUAAUUGUGGAAUUACUACUUCUGUCAGGACAUCAUAUGCUGAUCAUUGGAUUGUACCAUCCUCCAAGUUUUAAGUAUGAUGAAGGCAAUCUUAUUGAUACCAUCAUCAAUCGUUGUGAUACAUUCUUAGGCAUGCAUCCACAUGGGGUAGUUCUCUGUGGAGGUGAUCUGAACCGAUUAGACCUGGACUGUCUUUCCAGUUCACCUAGCCUUGUGCCCAUGGUUAAUUUCACCACUAGAGGGACCUCCACCUUGGAUAACUGCCUCACAAACCACCCUGAGCUGUUCAAUGACCCCUUUCACUUUCAAGCGCUCAUUAAGAAUGACCACUGA